AUUCUUUAAAUACCUAAGCCUCAGAUUCAAUCUGCAUCAAAUCACAUUAUCUGUUAGAGAAAUUCUAUUCUACAGAAUAGCCAUUCUUGCCAAAAUCAGCAUCUAUCAUUUGAUCUUAUUGAGGACACCACAGCAAUGGAGCAAAAGAAUACAUUGAUUGCUCUGAUGGUUGUGAUUACAGCAGCAGGGAAUUGCAUGGUGAUGGCACAGACACCCUCUUCAGGCUGCACAACUUCUCUUCUGGGUUUAUCUCCCUGUAUCAAUUUUUUCACUUCCAAAAGUGGAAUCAGUGCCCCACUGGGCUGCUGCACUGCUUUCGCUUCAUUUGUGGAAUCAAGUGCAACAUGUGCCUGCCAAUUCUUAGCUUUCAUGCCUACCAAUUCCUCUCCUCUUCCCAUUCCCUCGGGCCUUCCAAUUAACCAGACUCAACUUCUCAACCUCCCUGGCAUAUGCCAAGUUGAUACCCCACAGUGCCAAGGUGCAGGUGCAGGUGCAGGUGUAGCCCCAACGGCUUCUCCAGGUGCAGGUGUAACCCCAACGGCUUCUCCAGAUGCUUCUGUUGAGACAACCGGAUCAACGGGUGAGGCUCAGACUCCGGCUCAAUCAGCAGGUUUCCCGUUAACUCCAUCGGGAGUUGGGGCUUCCCCACCCAGCCAAGUUCGAACCUCAGACGCGACAUCCUCAUUCAGGACCUCAUUUUUCAGUGUUUUUCUGGUGAUGAUUAUAGGCAGCCUAUUGUUAUGAACAGUGAUACCAAUAGUGGAUUUUGGCAUGGUGUUCCUGACUACUGUCAAUACUGCAUUUUCAGAAUUUCUUCAUUCUUUAUAAUAAGAAGACUCUACUAAAUAAAACAUCCCAUUUGUAAUUUAGUCUCAUUUUUUCAAUCUCUGCCCUAGAGAUAAUCUGCCACCUCGUUUUUCUGGCGUGGCUGAAUGUAUUUAGAGAGAUGAUUUUCUCUGUCAACUUUGUUUGCUAUAGUUUUGAUGAGUUCUAUCAAUAUCUUUUUAUUACUUUAUUAAAUAUCUUUAUCAAAGAUUUUUCUUGCUUAA